CCCCUUCUUUUCCCUCCCGCCCCUCCAACCGCCCCCCCUCCCGGAUGGGGAAAAAAAAAGAUGUCAGCUCCUCCGCUGUAGUAUUGCUCCUUAAAAACCCCUCUCUCUGAAAAUGACAUGCCCUCGCAAUGUAACUCCGAACUCGUACGCUGAGCCCUUGGCUGCGCCGGGCGGAGGAGAGCGCUAUAGCCGGAGCGCAGGCAUGUAUAUGCAAUCUGGGAGUGACUUCAACUGCGGGGUGAUGAGGGGCUGCGGGCUCGCGCCCUCGCUCUCCAAGAGGGACGAGGGCAGCAGUCCCAACCUCGCCCUCAACACCUACCCGUCCUACCUCUCGCAGCUGGACUCCUGGGGCGACCCCAAAGCCACCUACCGCCUGGAACAACCUGUUGGCAGGCCGCUGUCCUCCUGCUCCUACCCACCUAGUGUCAAGGAGGAGAAUGUCUGCUGCAUGUACAGCGCAGAGAAGCGGGCGAAAAGUGGCCCCGAGGCAGCUCUCUACUCCCACCCCCUGCAGGAGUCCUGCCUCGGGGAGCACGAGGUGCCCGUGCCCAGCUACUACCGCGCCAGCCCGAGCUACUCCGCGCUGGACAAGCCGCCCCACUGUGCCGGGGCCAACGACUUCGAAGCCCCUUUUGAGCAGCGGGCCGGUCUCAACCCGCGCGCCGAACAUCUGGAGUCGCCCCAGCUCGGGGGCAAAGUGAGUUUCCCUGAGACCCCCAAGUCCGACAGCCAGACCCCUAGCCCCAGUGAGAUCAAGACCGAGCAGAGCCUGGCGGGCCCAAAAGGCAGCCCCUUGGAGAGAGAAAAGGAGCGGGCCAAAACCGCGGACUCCAGCCCAGACACCUCGGAUAACGAAGCGAAAGAGGAGAUAAAGGCAGAAAACACCACAGGAAAUUGGCUGACAGCAAAGAGCGGAAGGAAGAAGAGGUGCCCCUAUACUAAACACCAGACGCUGGAAUUGGAGAAAGAAUUUCUGUUCAAUAUGUAUUUGACGCGAGAGCGCCGCCUGGAGAUUAGCAAGACCAUUAACCUUACAGACAGACAAGUCAAAAUCUGGUUUCAAAAUCGCAGAAUGAAACUCAAGAAAAUGAACCGAGAGAAUCGGAUCCGGGAACUGACCUCCAAUUUUAAUUUCACCUGAGCGCGCGGCCUCCCCUCCCCCUCCCCUCUCUCCCCACUCCUUCCUCUCCCCGCCCCUCCUCCCUUUGUGCCUGGUGGUAUAUUUUUUUUUUCCUCCCUGAGUAUAAAUGCAACGCGCCUGCAAAAAAAGGCAAAGACCUCAGACUCUCCUUCCAAGGGACCUAUGGUUCGUGCUGCGAAGAUGCAUCCACCUCAAGCAUGAGAAAUGGGGUGCCGGGGUGUGGGGUGUGGUGUGCCCGCAUAGAUGAGGGUGGGAGUGUGGCUGGUGUGUGUGUCAACCCCUCACUCACCCACGCACUCACACACACCAUCCUGUCCUCCAUGCAAAGUUAAGGUCGAAUCCACCCGAUCAUAGGGGGAAAAAGAGGGAAAAAAAUCAACCGGAGAAGGUCUGUAAUCUCGCAGAGCACAGUCAGAAUCGCUCCUUCCUUGCUGCAUUUCCUCCUUAGGGUAAUAGACGUUUUGGAAAGUUCAGCUAGUGUUUGUGUGUUUGUCCUAGCGCCCAGCGCCUCCACCAAACCCUCUCCGUGUUUUUACCUCCCAGUUGCUCUGAGAAUCUGCUUGAAGUCUCGUAUUUGUACUGCUUUCUGCUUUUCUCCCAUCCUCCCAAGACCCCACACAUUCCCCCCGCCACUGACACCUCAGAAAUUCCAUCCAGAGGAAUACAAAAAAUUUUAAAAAUUAAAAAUAGAACAUAGUGAAGCAAAGACAGACUGCCCCUCCCCCUUUAAAUAUCGCCCUGUCCCUGUCUGGGAGUUGUGUUAUUUAAAGAUAUUCUGUAUGUUGUAUCUUUUGCAUGUAGCUUCCUUAAUGGAAAAGAAAAUCCUAAUAAAUUUCCAGAAUCGUAAUGUU